UUUUUCAGAAAUCACAUCUAAUAAGACACAUGUGAGUUCAUUCACAAGAAAAACCGUAUCAGUGUUCAGAGUGUUUGAAAGAUUUUUCAUGUAAAUUGCAUCUGAUAAGACACAUGAGAGUUCAUUCACAAGAAAAACCAUAUCAGUGUUCAGAGUGUUUGAAAGACUUUUCACAAAAAUCACAUUUAAUAAGACACAUGCGAGUUCAUUCACAAGAAAAGCUUUAUCAGUGUUCAGAGUGUUUGAAAGACUUUUCACGUAAAUCACAUCUAAUAGGACACAUGAGAGUUCAUUCACAAGACAAACCAUAUCAGUGUUCAGAGUGUUUAAAAAACUUUUCAAAUAAAUCAAAUCUAAUAAGACACAUGAGAGUUCAUUCACAAGAAAAACCAUAUCAGUGUUCAGAGUGUUUAAAAAACUUUUCAAAUAAAUCGCAUCUAAUAAGACACAUGGAAGUUCAUUCACAAGAAAAACCAUAUCAGUGUUCAGUGUGUUUAAAAAACUUUUCACGUAAAUCACAUCUAAUAAGACACAUGGGAGUUCAUUCACAAGAAAAACCAUAUCAGUGUUCAGAGUGUUUAAAAAACUUUUCACGUAAAUCACAUCUAAUAAGACACAUGGGAGUUCAUUCACAAGAAAAACCAUAUCAGUGUUCAGAGUGUUUGAAAAACUUUUCAUGUAAAUCACAUCUGAUAAGACACACGAGAGCUCAUUCACAAGAAAAGCCAUAUCAAUGUUCAGAAUGUUUGAAAGGCUUUUCAUGUAAAUCGCAUCUGAUAAGACACAUGAGAGUUCAUUCACAAGAAAAACCAUAUCAGUGUUCAGAGUGUUUGAAAGACUUUUCACAAAAAUCACAUCUAUCAGAGCACAUGAGAGUUCAUUCACAAGUAAAACCAUAUCAGUGUUCAGAAUGUUUGAUAGACUUUUCACGUAAAUCACAUCUAAUAAGACACAUGAGAGUUCAUUCAUAAGAUAAACCAUAUCAGCGUUCAGAGUGUUUGAAAGACUUUUCCUCUAAAUUCAAAAAAAAAAAAAAAAAAAAAAAGAAUCAUAUCACUGUUCACUGUGUUUAAGAUUUUUCACAAAAAUCACAUGUACUAUAAUACAUGUUAUUUCAUUAACUUGAAAAACCAUAUCUCUUUUUAAAGGACUUUUCCCAGAAAAUAAUUCUAGUACUACACAUGAGAGUUCAUUCUAGUAGCCUACCAGGCCACAGGCCUGGUAGGCUAAUAUGCAUUUAUGCUAUUAUGCAACUUCUACUGCAACUCGAAGCUAGAUUGCAAAAUUUGGAAUUCAUUACCAGGAAAUACUAAAGUAACCCAGUCUGAAAAUCAAUUUAAGACUCUUCUCAAAAGCCAUUUAAUCACCCCAGACUAAAUACUGAAUACUCAAUAAAUCUACCAAUUAUCCAAAUCUUAAAACUUUAAGACUAGACAACCAAGUUCAUAUGUUGACAAAUUACCACUUAGAAGUAUAGCGGACCCCCAACAUUCAGUGGCAUCGACAUUCGAUAAAUCCGAUGUUCGAUGCAUUUUAAUGCAAAAAUUUUGCCUCAACAUUCAAUUGAAAACCCGCUAUUCGAUGCAAUUCGUACGAGAUGUGUCCAUGUAUGGCUUGAACCGCCCCGUGUGUGCCAGUGUUUACAAGCCAGGCAGUGUGCACGCAUCUAAGGAUACAUUCAGUAUAUUCCAUAUUAUCACUGUUUUUGGUGCUUGCUUCUGCAAAAUAAGUCACCAUGGGCCCCAUGAAAUGAAGAAAGAGAUAAUUGCAAAGAAAGAAAGUGGAGUGCAUGUGUCGGAGCUGGCCAGGUUGUAUAGUUAACCCCAAUCAACCAUAGUGAGCAGGAAAACGGCAAUCAAGGAAGCUGUUGUUGCAAAAGGUGCAACUUUGUUAUCGAAACAGAGAUCGCUAGUGUUAGAUGUUGAGAGACUGUUAAUGGUGUGGAUAAAUGAAAAACAGAUAGCAGGAGAUAGCAUCUCUCAAGCAAUCAUUUGCAAAAAGGCUAGGCAGUUGCAUGAUGAUUUGGUAAAGAAAUUGCCUGCAACUAGUGGUGAUGUGAGUGAAUUUAAGGCCAGCAAAGGUUGGUUUGAAAGAUUUAAGAAUCGUAGUGGCAUACACAGUGUGGUAAGGCUAGUCCUAGUGGCAUUAAAAGAAGAAGGGAAGUAACCUCAGAAAAAGACUUGAUACCUCUAUUCCUAAUGGAAGGGGAUUCCCCUUCUAAACACUAACACCAUCCACACUCUCCCCUUCUCCCAUCCCAUCAAUCAUCACCAGAUCCUCAUUUAAGGUAAGUGUCAGUUAUUCUGUUAUUAAUCUAUUGUUAUUGCUGUUAUUGUAAUUCUAUUGCAUUAAAUUUAAUAUUUCAUGUGGUAAAAAAAUUUUUUUUUCAUACUUUUGGGUGCCUUGCAUGGAUUAAUUUGAUUUCCAUUAUUUCUUAUUGGGAAAAUUAAUUCACCUUUCGAUAUUUUCGACAUUCAAUGAGCUCUCAGGAAUGGAUUAAUAUCGAAUGUUGGGGGUCCACUGUAUACAUACCUACCAAAAGCAGUAUUACCCUUCACCAAGUUGUAGCAUUCUCAUACUGUAAACUAUUGUUAACUACUGGAAACCACUCUUGAAUCGUGUUUCAUAAAAAGCAUUUUUGAAUAUAUGAAUAUAUCCUUUGGUUUGUAUAAAUUAGAUUCACUUAUAAUUAAUAGAACUACUAUGCAACUAUGAUAAAUUUCUUUAGUUUUAAGUAGUCAGUAAGCCACUAAAUUAAGUCUGCCCAUAAUGCCUAGGUAUAAUAGAGGCUCUCUUUGUACUGCAACCCCAUUAUUGUAAAAAUAUAAUUUCAGUGUACUACUUUCAAAGAAAUAAAUGAAUUUAAAUCA